GUAACUCCACCAAACCCUAGCUGCAGUCACAUCAGUGGCGAGCACGCUGGAGAUAUGCUCCUUAAACAUCCCUCUACACCAAAAGCAUGGAUUGUCAAUUCUGCUCCCUCCUCUGCCUCCUCUCCUCUCUCUAUGUCAGCUGCUCAGGGGAACUGAACCCCAUCACUCACCCUUCUAACGAAGUUAAUCUUCUGGAUUCGAAAGCAAUUCAGGGGGAGCUGGGCUGGAUCUCCUACCCAUCGCACGGGUGGGAGGAAAUCAGUGGAGUUGACGAACAUUACACGCCUAUUAGAACUUACCAAGUAUGCAAUGUGAUGGACCACAACCAAAACAACUGGCUUAGAACAAACUGGAUUCCCCGCAACUCAGCUCAGAAGAUCUAUGUGGAGCUAAAGUUUACAUUACGAGACUGCAACAGCAUCCCACUUGUUCUGGGCACAUGUAAAGAAACUUUCAAUCUUUAUUACUUAGAGUCAGACGAGGAUCAUGGAGUCAAGUUUAGAGAACAUCAGUUUACAAAGAUAGACACAAUAGCAGCUGAUGAGAGCUUUACACAGAUGGAUCUUGGAGAUCGAAUCCUCAAAUUGAACACUGAGGUUCGCGAAGUCGGGCCUAUAAGCAAGAAAGGAUUAUAUCUGGCUUUUCAAGAUGUUGGUGCCUGUGUUGCCUUAGUAUCCGUGCGGGUAUAUUUCAAAAAGUGCCCUUUCACUGUGAAAAAUUUGGCCAUGUUCCCAGAUACUGUACCGAUGGACUCCCACUCUCUAGUGGAAGUGAGGGGUUCUUGUGUCAACCAUUCUAGAGAAGAAGACCCACCUAAAAUGUACUGCAGUACUGAAGGCGAGUGGCUAGUUCCCAUUGGAAAGUGUUUGUGCAACGCUGGUUAUGAAGAAAGAGGUUUCACUUGCCAAGCAUGCAGGCCAGGAUUUUACAAGGCAUUUACUGGAAACCUUAAAUGUACCAAAUGCCCUCCACACAGUUCGACUCAGGAUGACGGUGCAACAAAUUGCAGCUGUGAGAAAAAUUACUAUCGAGCAGAUAAAGAUCCCGCAUCAAUGGCUUGUACAAGACCACCUUCUGCGCCCAGAAACCUUAUUUCCAAUAUCAAUGAGACAUCCGUCAUACUUGAUUGGAGUUGGCCCCUGGACACCGGUGGACGAAAAGAUAUUACUUUUAAUGUCAUUUGCAAAAAAUGUGGUGGGAACCUGAAAUUUUGUGACUCCUGCAAGGGAAAUUUGAGAUUUAUUCCUCGACAGCUUGGAUUAACCAAUACUACUGUGACCAUAAUGGAUCUACUUGCUCAUACCAACUACACAUUUGAAAUUGAAUCUGUAAAUGGAGUUUCUGACCAAAGUACAAUUACAAGACACAUUGCUGCCGUUAGCAUUACAACAAAUCAGGCUGCUCCAUCUCCUGUCACUGUAAUUAGAAAAGAACGAACAUCAAGAAACAGUAUUGCCUUGUCUUGGCAGGAGCCAGACCAUCCAAAUGGGAUCAUCUUAGACUAUGAGGUCAAGUACUAUGAAAAGCAGGAACAGGAAACAAGCUACACAAUUCUUAGAGCAAGAACCACGAACGUGACAAUCAGUGGACUCAAACCUGAUACCACAUAUAUCUUCCAAAUCCGCGCUCGAACAGCAGCUGGAUAUGGAACAAACAGCCGCAAGUUUGAGUUUGAAACCAGUCCAGAUUCUUUCUCCAUUUCCAGUGAGAAUAGCCAGGUUGUGAUGAUUGCCAUAUCUGCAGCAGUGGUUAUUAUCCUGCUCACCGUUGUUGUGUAUGUCGUGAUUGGAAGAUACUGUGGAUACAAUAAAUCAAUGCACAGUCCUGAUGAAAAAAGAUUUCACUUUGGAAAUGGGCACCUGAAAUAUCCAGGUAUCAAGACGUAUGUAGACCCACAUACAUAUGAAGAUCCAAAUCAGGCUAUUCAUGAGUUUGCAAAAGAGCUGGACUCCACUUCUAUAGCCAUUGACAAAGUUAUUGGAGCAGGAGAAUUUGGUGAAGUCUGCAGUGGUCGACUCAAACAUCCAUCUAAAAAGGAGAUCAAUGUGGCAAUCAAGACUUUAAAAGUUGGCUACACCGAAAAUCAGAGAAGAGAUUUCUUGAGUGAAGCCAGUAUUAUGGGGCAGUUUGAACAUCCCAAUAUUAUUCGUUUAGAAGGAGUAGUUACAAAAAGUAAGCCAGUGAUGAUUGUUACUGAAUACAUGGAGAAUGGUUCUCUGGAUAGCUUUCUCCGGAAACACGAUGCUCAAUUUACCGUCAUCCAGUUGGUGGGCAUGCUCCGUGGUAUUGCAUCUGGCAUGAAAUAUCUUUCUGAUAUGGGUUACGUACAUCGUGAUUUAGCUGCACGCAAUAUUCUCAUUAACAGUAACCUCGUCUGCAAAGUUUCCGAUUUUGGACUUUCUCGCGUUUUAGAAGAUGACCCUGAGGCUGCCUAUACUACAAGGGGUGGAAAGAUCCCCAUCAGAUGGACAUCACCGGAAGCCAUUUCAUACCGAAAAUUCACAUCAGCAAGUGAUGCAUGGAGCUAUGGUAUUGUGGUUUGGGAGGUGAUGUCCUAUGGAGAGAGGCCAUACUGGGAAAUGUCCAAUCAAGAUGUUAUUAAAGCCGUUGAUGAAGGCUACCGAUUGCCACCUCCUAUGGACUGUCCAGCUGACUUGUAUCAGCUCAUGUUAGACUGCUGGCAAAAAGACAGAAACAAUAGGCCAAAGUUUGAGCAAAUUGUUAGCAUCUUGGACAAGCUAAUCCGUAAUCCCAGCAGUUUAAAGGUUAUCGCCAAUACCGCUGCAAGGCCAUUGAACUUAUUGCUAGAUCAAAACAGCACUGACUUCCCAGUAUUCCGUCCUACUGAAGACUGGAUUGAUAAUAUGCAAACAGGACAAUGCAUGGACAUUCUAACAGGAGUUGGCUAUAGCUCAUGUGAAACAAUUGCAAAAAUUUCUUUAGAUGAUAAGAAGACAGUUGGUGUCACUAUCCUUGGCCCACGGAAAACAAUCAUGAGUAAUAUAAAACAUCAAGAAACUCAUACAAAAAAUGGACCUGUUAAUGUGUAAAUCCCAAAAUAUACACUUUACUUGGAAGGUGCAAUUGAAGUUGACAGACUGAGAGAAAAUUGUGGGAUAACAGGACUAUGAAUUGAAUCCCACAGUUUCUUGCAUAUGAGUAACUAUGCCUUAAAUUAUGAGUGAAAACUCUUCUAAAUAAUAGAGGGUGCAUUUUAUUGUAACACAGAAUUUAGGAUAAAACAGAUGAUUCCAUAGACAAGGAUACACCUAAUUCAGGACCUGUCAUCAAAAAGCAUUAUAGUAACAAAGAGUUACUAAUAAGGAAAUUUCCCCCAAGACAUGCAAUAUAUAUUUUUGUCUCUUUAUCAGGAGAAUUAUUUUAUUAUUUCCCAAGUAGUGCAGUUAAUAUUGAGGACCCAAGUCCUUUCAAUACGAGAAAGGGUAUGUAACACAUUAGCAAAAAAAUAUAUCAUUUUUUUUAAAAUU